AUGGAAAAUAUAAUAAAAGCAGCUAAAGAGAUACUCAAAUUCAUUGGAGUUGCUAUUAUUUCUGAAUAUGCCAUACCAACCCAUUUUAAUAAGUAAAACAAUUGUAUAAUUAAGUAAUAUCACUGAUAGUUUCGAUUGCGGAAUCUUUACAUUGCUAUCUUUACUCUACACUUAUCAAAACUAACCCUAUGAUUAUUAUUAAUAAAUUGUGACCAAAUAUAGACAGUUAAUCCUAUAAAACCUGGCCAUUGUGGGAUUUCAAAUAGAGAUUAGCUAAGAGUUACUUGAAAGAAUAAUUAAGCUAUGA